AUGUUCACGUCCAAGGAAAGGGAAGGCGCUUCAUCGCCCGGGCCUGGUGCCUACUAUUCGCCGUCGCAAAUGAAGAGCUAUCUCCAAGAUCUUCGCACAAACCGCCCCGCUCGUCCUACCGGAGCUCGUCCUGCUCCCGCACAUUUCAACACAUGGUCGAAUAGAUCCAGUAACCGCAUGUCCGACUCGUCCGCUAUCUCUUCGUUACAACGCACCUUCACCGAUCCCGUUGUCGACGCCGAUGCGCGACCCUCCUCCUCGUACGAAUCCAAAUCGCAUAGCCGAACGACGUCGAAAGCGAGUAUAGAUGACGUCGUAGCCAAUGUUGGAAGGCCGCUGGUGCAGCCACCGCGAGGGCGCGAGACUACGAGGUCGUCGUCGCAAACACGAACACCAAGUGUGCAGUACCGCGAGAGGGAAGAGCGUCAGGCGGAGCAGGGCGAGGCACGUGCUAUCCGCAUUGCCAUGGAGGAUCUGGAACUCGCGCAGGAAGAGGGCAAGAUAUUCGAGGCGGCACGAGACGAAGCUGUCGAACUGGUCUGGAAGCAUUGCAAUCCCCAUGCGGCUGGCGUGAGUCCGACCAAACCGUAUGCUUAUCCGGGCCUGGCCAGGAAGAACAGCGCGCAGAGGAGUCGGAGCGUCGAACCGAAGGAUCAGGAUCUGCAGCGGGCCAAUUCUAAACUGCGGAAGCGACAUUCGAUGGGAAGUGCCGCGUCAGGGAGCAGGAGUAGCAGCUUGCAAAGCAACGGUGGUGGAAGCAAUACCGAUACAUCAGUCGCUGGGAACGCAGGUUUCAGUACGUCGCCCACCAAGAGUAGCUUUGACACAAAGGGCAACAAGGACGAGUCAACAGCACUAAAGAAAGCAAUUUCAGAUCUCCCAGACUUCAGAGGACGAAGAAGGAGCAGUGGCCAGCGCCGGACUACCAGCGGGAGUCUCUUCUCGAACCCGAAGGACCAGAUAUACGAAGAGCCCGAAGAGGAAACACCACCUGCGCCUGCACCUACGCCUGCCGCUUCCGAACCACCGAAGCCCGAAAAGCUACCACUAGGCAUUCGGCGCAAUCCCUUUAUGCGUUUCCAAUCCAUCAAGGGAAACCCGAUGGUGAGGUCCAACACGGAUCCCAUCAUGGCUGCUAAACGCCUCGAUCGUUACGAGAUACAAAAGAACCCUCCGACUCAGUCAAGAAAUGCGGCGUAUACACUGAACUCUGCAGCCCCAAAGCCGUCAGAGGAUGUCAAGGUAGACGCAGAAAAUGAACCAGAAGUUAAGAUGAAGGACGGCAAGGAGAUAAGAAGCGAAGAGCUCCGUGCUGCUACAGGGUUUCGUUUGAAGGACCGCAGUCCAAAGCUGCCCACUCCUACGGCAGUCUCAGACGCCCCAGGGCGACCGAUCGUUUCCUUCAAGAAAGACUGGAACGUAAUCGAGAUGAAAGAGGAAAUAUCUACUGCUCCCGAUCUGACACCACGACCUCUGAACCCAAAUAAGUCUGGCAAGCCUCCACUCGAGCACGCUGCAACCGAGCCCAUUGUACCUACCACGAGCCUCGCGCCAGAUGUACCUAAGCGAAACACUACUCCAAGACCGCCUGUGGUUCCAGAGAUCAACGUUUCUGCAGAGCCCAAAGUCAGUCUUGCACCAGACGUACCAGAGCGAAGCACUACUCCUAGGCCACCGGUGGCUCCAGAAAUUGACCAUUCGUCAGCUUCCGUUCCUGCACCUGGGCGUUUCAAUCUCAAAUCAAAACCUACCAUCAACAUCUACGAAGACCCUCCAGCGCCAGCGAGACCCCUACCACUCACUAGUUCGCUAAGGAAGGCCAACAUCCCAACUCGACCUUCUGUAGCUCCUCUGCCUACUAUUAACGUGUCUGAAUCGGGCCCUGCGCGUUCAAGAACGACACAAGCACCGCCACUUCCUUCUAUCUCCGUGUCUGAGACCCCAUCAAUUUCAGCCAGAAAGAAUCUGUUCAAUCGUAGCUCCUAUGUGCCGCCAACAAGUAGCACUCCGUCUAUACCAAGCAUAUCGGUCAACGAGUCUCCAGUUCUAAGACGAGGUUCCACAACACCCUCAGUCUCCAUGACACCGGAAAUCCCAUCAAUCUCCGUAAGCGAAUCACCUGCGCCGAGCCGUGGGUCAAGAACCAACGCUUCCCCAAUUCCAAGCAUCUCCGUGAGCGAAACGCCUUCAUUGAGGAGAGGGUCGACUACACCAUCUAUUAAUGUGAGUCCUGACAUUCCAACCAUAUCUGUCAACGAGGCCCCAGCUCCUGCUCGAGGGCGCAACAACAUCAACCCUCCUGCGAUAUCGGUCAGCCCUUCAGUGCCUUCGAUCAACGUAAACGGACCCAAAGAUUUCGGCCCGGCCGCGUCUACACGACCACUACCAGUGCCAAACGCCCAGAACAAGUCCCACAGCUACAACGGCACUGCGACUCCCCGCUCAGGCCACUGGACACCAACCACAGUCCGUACAGGCGCUCUCUGCACCCAAUGUGCCCUCCCUAUCGCAGGCCGUAUCGUUUCAGCAUCAGGCUCCCGCUUCCAUCCCGAAUGCUUCGCCUGCUACCAAUGUGGAGAGCACCUCGAAUGCGUAGCCUUCUACCCGGAACCUUCGAACAAACACGCCGAACGCGUCCACCGCAUCCGCGCACGUAUUGCCGGUGCCGAUAUCCCCUAUCUCCCCUCCCACCCCACCGCAGAUGACAUGGCGCGUCUCGAGUAUGAUGAUGGCACUGAUGAAUCUCCACGAUUCUACUGCCACCUAGACUUCCAUGAGCUCUUCUCCCCGCGUUGCAAAAGUUGCAAAACGCCAAUAGAAGGCGAGGUCAUCGUCGCUUGCGGCGCGGAAUGGCAUGCUGGUCAUUUCUUCUGCGCUCAGUGCGGUGAUCCGUUUGAUUCCACAACCCCUUUUGUGGAGAAAGAUGGAUACGCUUGGUGCGUGAAUUGCCAUACGCAUCGCUACAGUACGAAGUGUAAGGGGUGUAGAAAACCUGUUACCGAUACCGUUGUCAAGGCACUUGGGGCGGAGUGGCAUGUUGGAUGCUUUGUCUGUGUGUGCUGCUCUGGUCCUUUUGAAGACGGUAGAUAUUUCCUCAGGGGUGAGAGUCAGGAUCCUGUUUGUGUGCGCUGUGAGGAGAGGAGACUAAAGGCCUGA